AUGGCCAAUUACACAAAAACUGCUAUUCUAUCCGUCUACGACAAGACAGGCCUACUUGACUUGGCUAGAGGUCUAAUCGAAAAGAAUGUUCGUAUUCUUGCUUCUGGUGGUACUGCUCGUAUGAUUCGUGAUGCCGGUUUCCCAAUCGAAGACGUUUCUGCCAUCACACACGCCCCAGAAAUGUUGGGUGGUAGAGUAAAGACUUUGCAUCCAGCCGUGCAUGGUGGUAUUCUAGCCAGAGACAUCGACAGUGAUGAGAAGGAUUUGAAAGAACAACACAUUGAAAAGGUCGAUUUUGUUGUCUGUAACUUGUACCCAUUUAAGGAAACGGUUGCCAAAAUUGGUGUGACUAUUCCAGAAGCUGUGGAAGAGAUUGACAUUGGCGGUGUCACUUUAUUAAGAGCUGCUGCCAAGAACCACGCCAGAGUUACCAUUUUAUCUGAUCCAAGAGAUUACUCUGAAUUUUUGGAUGAAUUAUCCAACAGUGGUGAAAUUUCUCAGGACUUGAGAAACAGAUUAGCCUUGAAAGCUUUUGAACACACCGCUGAUUACGAUGCCGCCAUUUCCGACUUUUUCAGAAAGCAAUACUCUGAAGGCCAGGCACAAGUCACUUUACGUUACGGUGCCAACCCACAUCAAAAGCCAGCUCAAGCUUACGUCAGCGAGCAAGAUAGUCUACCUUUCAAAGUACUAUGUGGCUCUCCAGGCUACAUUAAUUUGUUGGAUGCUCUAAACUCUUGGCCAUUGGUGAAGGAAUUAUCGGCCUCAUUGAACUUGCCAGCUGCAGCUUCUUUCAAGCAUGUUUCGCCAGCUGGCGCUGCCGUUGGUAUUCCAUUGUCUGAUGUUGAAAAGCAAGUCUAUUUCGUUUCCGACAUCGAAAAUUUAUCUCCACUGGCAUGCGCAUAUGCUAGAGCUCGUGGUGCUGACAGAAUGUCUUCCUUCGGUGAUUGGAUCGCUCUUUCCAACAUAGUAGAUGUCCCAACUGCCAAGAUUAUCUCUAGGGAAGUUUCUGACGGUGUUAUUGCCCCAGGUUAUGAACCUGAAGCAUUGGCCAUCCUAUCCAAAAAGAAGGGCGGUAAGUACUGUAUUUUGCAGGUCGAUCCAAACUACGUUCCAGGUGCCGUGGAAAGAAGACAAGUGUACGGUGUGACCUUGGAGCAAAAAAGAAACGAUGCUAUAAUUAACCAAUCUACUUUCAAAGAAGUUGUUUCUCAGAACAAAAAUCUAACUGAACAAGCUAUAAUUGACUUGACAGUUGCUACCAUUGCCAUAAAGUAUACUCAAUCUAAUUCUGUAUGUUACGCAAGAAAUGGUAUGGUUGUUGGAUUGGGGGCUGGUCAACAAUCUAGAAUACAUUGUACAAGACUGGCUGGUGACAAGGCCGACAAUUGGUGGUUUAGACAACAUCCAAGAGUUUUGGAAAUUAAAUGGGCUAAAGGCGUCAAGAGACCAGAAAAAUCUAACGCUAUCGAUUUAUUCGUAACUGGCCAGAUUCCAACUGAAGAACCAGAAUUAUCUGAAUACCAAUCCAAGUUUGAAGAUGUUCCAACACCUUUUACUUUAGAAGAAAGAAAAGAAUGGUCGAGUAAGUUAACUAAUGUUUCUUUGUCAUCAGAUGCAUUUUUCCCAUUCCCAGAUAACGUUUACAGAGCUGUCAAAUCUGGCGUCAAAUACAUUGCUGCUCCAUCUGGUUCAGUCAUGGACAAAGUUGUCUUUUCAGCUGCUGAUUCAUUUGACCUUGUUUAUGUUGAAAAUCCAAUUCGUCUGUUCCACCAUUAG